AAUUUAUUAUUGCGACAGUAUGACAUUGAGACAGUGCUUCUAGACGACGAGAAUAGCAAGGAGAGAACCAAGCACUAUGUGAAUAUUUUACAUGAUGGGAAACUGCUUGGUUCCAAGGAAAGAAAGAGGAUGCUGAGGAUACUUUGAAAUAAUUUGUGCUUUAAAAUAGUUGAUGAUCCUAGCAAAGCUACUGCUGCAAUGCGCGAGGGCCUUGCUAAAAGCAUAGUUGUCACAUAUCCCCAGUACCAGAAAACCAUUGAGAUCCCCGGAACAACUCCUUGGGUAUGUGUGACUCUCUUAGCCUAAUUUGUUCACAUUCUAGCUCUCUUUUUUUUUCUUUAUCUCUGAAGUCUCACACGUGGAAUACGAAAGGCGGACAUCUAGCUAAUGUCAUCAAAGGUAUUCAGACAAAUCUUCCCGACUCCAAAAGGGCCAGGAAGGGGAAAAAGCCCAAACGUAAGAAGAAGAUGCCCACAUCAACUGUUGAUAUUGUACAGCUGGGUUUAUUACUGCCCAAUGAGGCCAACAGGUUAGAGAUAUUUGAUGGAAUGAAGAAGACUUAUGAAAUUCGGUGCGCAAUGAGAGAUAAAGGCACUAGUGUCACAGCUUUAAUCAAGGAUUUUGAACAAUUCAUUCAUUUUGAUGGAGAACUGAUUGAAUUAGAGUUCAAAACUUUGCACCACAAUGCAAAGGACAUGUGUCCCGAACUGGCAAAGUAUGUCCCAAAAAUUAUUCAGAAGUGGGAUGACCUUCAACCCACCACAAAAUUUCCCGAUGGUAAGGAGAUUUGUUUAGAGAAAUUGAUUUAAAAAAAAAUUGUAGGAAAGCCAUUGCUUAACACAUAUUUACCCUUGAACAUUUUAUAACAGAUAACAUGAAAACAUUACUUAUUUUGGCCUCUAAACUGCCCCAU